UAGAGGCGGGCUAAGAGCGAACUAUAGCGAAGCAUGUUAGGUUGUUAGAAAGUUAAUGGCUUGAAGGAAAGAGACGCUCUUCUCGCUUCAGGAUUUUACUGAAGUAUAAACAUAAUUACUAACAACCUCAAAGAAAGUUUAAGACAAUAUUGCGUCUAUUAGAAUACAAAAUACUAAGGAAAGUAUGCAGGAUGCAGUAGCCGGGACGGCAAUGCUGACGGACGGCUUCGAGGACGAGAUUGACUCUGUGACUCCGCGCUCCCCUGCCGUAGGAAUGGGGGUUGGAGCCACACCAGGAGCCGGACUCGGGGGUUUAGGGAUUGGUGUUGGUGGAAAGAAAGUCCGCUUGUUUGGCGAGGCUGGUGGGCCUGCAGCUGACCGGCUUGAUUUCCAGCUCGCAGCGGCCGCAGUGCUUUCCUCCGGCCCUGGAUCUGCCAGCGACGAUGAUGAGGUAUCUGAGGUGGAGUCCUUCAUAUUAGACCAGGAAGACCUGGACAACCCCAUGCUAAAGACAGCGUCAGAGCUGCUCCUGUCCAGCGCUGCAGACGGAGCUGAUCUCAGAACAGUGGACCCGGAAACCCAAGCCAGAUUGGAGGCUCUGUUGGAAGCAGCCGGUAUUGGUAAACUGUCCACCACCGAUGGAAAAGCCUUCGCAGAUCCAGAGGUGCUACGUCGCUUGACGUCGUCCGUGAGCUGUGCGCUGGACGAGGCCGCCGCCGCUCUCACACGCAUGAGGGCCGAAAACACACUCAACGCCAGCCAGGCAGACAAUCUGGUUAUUUUCAGCCGUAGCUUGGCGGAGGCGUGCUCCGACGGGGACGUCAACGCUGUGAGGAAGCUGCUGGAUGAGGGGAGGAGCGUCAACGAACACACCGAGGAGGGAGAGAGUCUGCUCUGCCUAGCCUGCUCUGCUGGUUACUAUGAACUUGCACAGGUCUUGCUGGCCAUGCACGCUAACGUGGAAGAUCGGGGCAUCAAGGGUGACAUCACGGCCCUCAUGGCCUCAGCCAGUGGCGGCUACGUAGACAUCGUCAAACUGCUGCUGGUACAUGGGGCUGACGUCAACGCACAGUCCUCCACAGGUAACACGGCGCUGACGUACGCGUGUGCGGGCGGCUUUCUGGACGUGGUGAAGGUGCUGCUGAAGGAAGGCGCCAACAUUGAGGACCACAACGAGAACGGCCACACACCCCUGAUGGAGGCGGCGAGCGCGGGUCACGUGGAGGUCGCCCGGGUGCUCCUGGAGUACGGGGCUGGUAUCAACACGCACUCCAACGAGUUCAAGGAAAGUGCACUUACGCUGGCCUGCUACAAAGGGCACCUGGACAUGGUGCGCUUCCUGUUAGAGGCAGGGGCUGACCAGGAGCACAAGACCGACGAGAUGCACACAGCACUCAUGGAGGCUUGUAUGGAUGGGCAUGUGGAGGUGGCGCGGUUGCUGUUGGACAGCGAGGCGCAGGUCAACAUGCCCGCCGACUCUUUCGAGUCUCCGCUGACGCUGGCGGCCUGUGGGGGCCACGUAGAGCUUGCUGCCCUGCUGAUGGAGAGGGGCGCCAACCUGGAGGAGGUUAAUGAUGAGGGAUACACUCCCCUCAUGGAAGCUGCACGAGAGGGCCACGAGGAGAUGGUGGCGCUGCUUUUGGCACAAGGUGCCAACAUCAACGCUCAGACGGAGGAGACCCAGGAGACAGCCCUGACGCUGGCCUGCUGCGGGGGCUUCCUGGAGGUGGCCGACUUCCUCAUCAAGGCUGGGGCCGACAUCGAGCUGGGCUGCUCCACGCCUCUCAUGGAGGCUGCACAGGAGGGACACCUGGAGCUGGUCAAGUACCUGCUGGCCGCCGGAGCCAAUGUCCACGCCACCACGGCGACGGGGGACACAGCGCUGACCUACGCCUGUGAGAACGGACACACAGACGUGGCUGACGUGCUGCUGCAGACUGGGGCUGACCUGGAGCAUGAAUCGGAGGGGGGCAGGACCCCUCUAAUGAAAGCUGUUAGAGCGGGCCACCUCUGUACUGUACAGUUCCUAAUCAGCAAAGGAGCUAAUGUGAACAGGGCGACGGUCAACAAUGAUCACACAGUAGUGUCUCUAGCCUGCGCCGGGGGCCACCUGGCCGUGGUGGAGCUGCUGCUGUCUCAUGGGGCUGAUCCUACACACAGACUGAAGGAUGGCUCCACCAUGCUGAUCGAAGCUGCUAAGGGCGGUCACACCAUCGUGGUGUCCUAUCUCCUCGACUACCCCAACAACGUCCUGUCGGUCCCCGUGCCAGACUUGUCUCAGCUCACACCCCCAUCCCAUGACACUUCUCCGGCUCCACGAGUUCCAUUCCAAGCCCUGGCCAUGGUGGUGCCUCCUCAAGAGCCAGACAGAGUGCCCUCCAACAUCACAACGCCUCCACCCGUCAUCACAAAAGGCGGAUCCAAGCAGAGGCUGAGCCCCCUACAGGGCAGCCCCGUCGCCGCAGGCGGUCCGGACGCGGACCUGCUGCCUCCUUUCCACCCGUACCAGCCCCUAGAGUGCAUCGUGGAAGAGACUGAGGGCAAGCUGAACGAGCUUGGCCAGAGGAUCUCCGCUAUAGAGAAGGCCCAGCUGCAGUCCUUGGAGCUCAUCCAGGGAGAGCCUCUCACCAAAGACAAGAUCGAGGAGCUGAAGAAGAGCCGCGAGGAGCAGGUCCAGAAGAAGAAGAAGAUCCUCAAGGAGCUGCAGAAGGUGGAACGCCAGCUGCAGUUGAAGACACAGCAGCAGUUCACCAAAGAGUACAUGGAGGCCAAAGGCCUGAAGGACGACCCGGGGCAGCUUGGCCAGGCGGCAGGGGUGGAGCAGCCCGGCACCCCCCUGCCCUUGCAGGCUGCAGAGCCGGGCUCCGACACCGAGGGGGACGGGGAGGGCAUCCACCACCACCAUGAUGGACAGCCCCACCCUGCCGCCGAGGAAGAGGACGAUGAGGAGGAGGAGGAGGAGGACUACGCCAAGCUACCUCAGGUGGACACCAUCCUGUAUAGACAGGCCCAGGAACCCCCGCCACCCGCUCCUCCUCACACCGAGGCCCUGCCGUGUCCCGCUCCUCCUCACACCGAGGCCCUGCCGUGUCCCGCUCCUCCUCACACCCAGGCCCUGCCGUGUCCCGCUCCUCCUCACACCCAGGCCCUGCCGUGUCCCGCUCCACCCCUCCUGCAGGCCCGUUUCUUACCCUCCCAUCUCCUGGCCACCCAGCAGUCCACAGACUUCAGUACGGCGGACUACCCUGUCAGCUCCAGCCCCGAUCUGGAGAGGGUGAUGGUGAACCAGCAGCAGAUGUUGUGGCAGCAGUUGACAGACCUGGGACCGGGCCUUCUCACCCAGGCCCCUGAAGGACUCAUGGUGGCCACCCCAGCACAGACCCUCACAGAUACUUUGGACGACAUCAUGGCAGCAGCGGUGAGCAGCAGAGUCCCCAUGUUGAGCACGACGGCCUCGCCCCCAGCACAGACGCCCAUCCAUUCAGUGUCCCCACACUCUAUGCUCCCCCUCUACCCCUCCGUAGACAUCGACGCACACACGGAGAGUAAUCACGACACCGCUCUGACGCUGGCCUGUGCCGGCGGUCACGAGGAGCUGGUGUCGGUGCUCGUCGCCCGCGGGGCUAACAUCGAGCAUCGGGAUAAGAAAGGUUUCACUCCUCUGAUCCUGGCUGCUACAGCGGGUCAUGUUGGCGUGGUGGAGAUCCUGCUGGAUAAAGGAGGGGACAUCGAAGCCCAGUCUGAGAGAACCAAAGACACUCCUCUCUCCCUGGCAUGCUCUGGAGGAAGACAGGAGGUGGUGGAGCUGUUGCUGCUGCGCGGGGCCAACAAGGAGCACCGUAACAUUUCAGACUACACUCCGCUCAGCCUGGCCGCCUCGGGGGGCUUCGUCAACAUCAUCAAGAUCCUCCUCAACGCUGGAGCUGAAAUCAACUCCAGGACUGGGAGUAAGCUGGGUAUCUCUCCUCUGAUGCUGGCUGCCAUGAACGGUCACGUCCCUGCGGUCAAGCUGCUGCUGGACAUGGGCUCAGACAUCAACGCUCAGAUCGAGACUAACCGCAACACGGCGCUGACCCUGGCCUGCUUCCAGGGACGGGCGGAGGUGGUCAGUCUGCUGCUGGACCGCAAGGCCAACGUGGAGCACCGCGCCAAGACUGGGCUGACCCCCCUCAUGGAGGCGGCAUCGGGUGGCUAUGCUGAGGUAGGGCGGGUGCUGCUGGAUAAGAGCGCUGACGUCAACGCCCCACCCGUCCCCUCCUCCCGAGACACCGCGCUCACCAUCGCUGCAGACAAGGGCCACUACAAGUUCUGUGAGCUCCUAAUCAACCGAGGUGCUCACAUUGACGUGCGCAAUAAGAAGGGAAACACUCCCCUGUGGUUGGCGGCCAACGGCGGCCAUUUUGACGUGGUGCAGCUGCUGGUGCAGGCUGGGACCGAUGUCGACGCAGCAGACAACCGCAAGAUCACACCACUCAUGGCUGCCUUCCGCAAGGGCCAUGUGAAGGUGGUUCAGUACCUGGUCAAGGAGGUCAACCAGUUCCCCUCGGACAUCGAGUGCAUGAGAUACAUUGCCACCAUCACGGACAAGGACCUGCUGAAGAAAUGUCACCAGUGCAUGGAGACCAUUGUCAAAGCCAAAGACCAGCAGGCAGCAGAGGCCAACAAGAACGCCAGCAUUCUGCUGAAGGAGCUGGACUUGGAGAAGUCCAGGGAAGAGAGUAAGAAGCAAGCCCUGGCCGCUAAGCGUGAGAAGCGUAAGGAAAAACGCAAGAAGAAGAAGGAAGAUCAGAAGAGGAAGCUGGAGGGGGAGGAAGAGGAGGAGGAGGAGGAAGAGGAGGCCAAAGUAAAAGAGGAGUUAGAGGACCAAGACUCCUCUGAAGACGGUGAUGUCCCCAUUGACCCGCCCAGCGCUACCACCACCACUACCAUCGGCAUCUCUGCCACCUUCACCAACGCCUUCGCCAAGAAACGAGCCAAUGUGGCGACCACGUCCAGCACCAACCGCAAGAACAAGAAGAACAAGACCAUGGAGCCCAUCAUCCUGCAGGACCCCCAGGGGGUGCUGGCUCAGCAGAAGACUGACAAAAACAAGAUCCACGGGGAGCCCAGGGGCGGCGGGGUGCCUGGUGGCAGCGACUCGGACAACCUGGACAGCACCGACUGCAACAGUGAGAGCAGCAGUGGAGGCAAGAGCCAAGAGCUCAACUACCUACCGGACAUGCCCUCUUCAUCUUCCUCAUCCUCGUCUUCAUCGUCUGCUCCCUCGGGGGUGAGCCAACAGCCCCAGCCGGUCCCUGAGAAGAGGCACAGCUCCCGAGACCACAAGGUCACAGUGUGCAUCUCCAAACCACACCAGAAACUCCAUGACUGCAUCAACGUCCUGGCGCCCAGCUCCCUUCCCCCCUCCUUCAAAACCAUUUCAGUGCCGGUCACCUCGCCCAACAGCAAGAUGAACCUCACCAGCCCCAAGAGGGGCCAGAAGAGGGAAGACGGCUGGAAAGAGGUGGUACGGAGAUCUAAGAAGUUAUUGGUGCCUGCCUCUGUCGUGUCUCGGAUCAUGGGCAGAGGUGGCUGUAACAUCACUGCCAUUCAGGACGUGACCGGUGCUCACAUCGACGUGGACAAACAGAAGGACAAGAAUGGAGAAAGGAUGAUCACCAUCAGAGGUGGUACAGAGUCGACUCGGCACGCUGUACAACUGAUCAACGCCCUGAUCCAGGACCCAGCCAAGGAGCUGGAGGACCUAAUCCCCAGAAACCACAUCCGCACUCCUGGUACCAGCACCAAGAUGGGCUCCACCUACACCACCUCCACAGGGGCCACCAACACUAUGGCGGCCGGCUCAAAGGGCCUGGCGUCGGUGUUUCCGUCGUCCGCUGUGUCCUUCCAGACCCCCUCGGUCUCUCAGCAGGGAGGGAAGAUGGGAAAGAACCUGUCCGCCGGGGUGAGGCCCCCCUUUGUUUCACUGCCCCUGGCGUAUGCCAACCCACACCUGGCCCUGCUGGCUGCCCAGACCAUGCACCACAUCCGACACCCACGUCUGCCCAUGGCACAGUUCGGUGGCACCUUUUCUCCAUCGCCUAACACCUGGGGCCCGUUCCCGGUGCGGCCCGUCAACCCCGGCAGCACUCACAGCUCUCCCAAGCACAACGGGAGCACUGCCCCCCGGCCCUCGCCUGUCUCCGCCGCCCAUCCGGAGUACACAGCUCCUGCCUCUACAGCAGCCCCUGCAGCCACCGUCUCGCCCACCAGCACUGCCCCCUCCGGCACCCCAACGCCCUCCUCUGCCAGGAAGCAGCUCUUCUCUGGCGAACCAAAGACGACCGGCAUGACAGCAGUCACUUCCACAGUGAGCAAUGUUCCCGCCACGCAGCUGGCCCCUGCACCCUCCACCAUGUCCUCUACUCCGUCCUCCCCUUCCGUGCCCAUCGCCACGUCUGCACAGCAGCUGCCUGUCUCCAAGCCGGAGCCUGCUGGUGGCACCACGCCUGGUAAAGAGAAGUCCUCUCCAGAUGCAGCACCUGUCCAAGGUGGAGUGUCGGAAGGUUCCAGCUCCAACGGCCCCAUGUACUUCACAGGUCCUCCCACGGCUCCACCAUCACUGCCAUCCCAGCAGCCGGACAGCCGACAGCAGCAGCUGCCCCUCCCCUUCUCCCCCAGCACAGAGCCCAGCCCCCAGGCCGCCCAGCCUCCCUGCUCCCACCUGCCCUCCUCUCACGCUGCACCAGCAGGGGGCAGCACCGUACCUCACUACGCACAGCCUUCUCCCUCAUGCGUGCAGCCCUCGGCCCAGGUCUACCCCAUGACAGCUGGGACAUCUCCGCAGGAGCACCAUUCUGUGUUUGUAUCCUCUGGAGCCUCCCAGGAGCAACACCAGAAACAACCGCAGCAGUAUACCAACCAGGGCAUGGCAGCCCCUUCCAUGGGCAUGAUGAAUGGCUCCCAGAUGCACAGCCACGGGGGCAAGACCCAGCAGCUGCCCCCCAACUACGGCCCCAACGCCCUCUUCAACCAUUUCAGCAGCAUGUUUGACAGCAAUCAGGUGGGCAACAAUCAGGUGUGGGGAGCAUGUCACCUGCCUGCUCGGACCCCUCCGGAGCAGCCCUACAUGGGAGGCAUGGGACAGAUGGAGAAGGUGAUGCCAGCUCCUGACGGCUCCAAGGCUCCAGGGUACCGCUGCAACUCCCAGAGGAUUGUCACCAGUCCCAUCGGCAUGCACCACAUGGACCCGUCAGGAAACUCCAUCUCUUCGUCUGCUGCUCUGACCAGCUUCGCCACCAGUAUCUCUGGCAGUGCAGUGUACCUGCAGGGUCCGUCCCCGGUGGGAACCCCCUCCUUUAGCCGCCAGCAUUUCUCCCCUCACCCCUGGAGCGCCUCCACCUCCAGUGAGUCCCCGGUGUCCUCCGUGUCGUCCCCUCUUUGUGCGUCCACGGUGACCACAGCUCUGAUUCAGGCUAAGCCCAGCAGCAACAGCCAGCAGGACCGCAAGGUGCCCCCACCCAUUGGCACUGAGCGCCUGGCACGCAUCCGCCAGACGGGCUCCGUGAACCACGCCAUGCUCACCGCCGGCUACACGCCGCCUGUGGGACAGGGAGGAAUCUGGUCCUUCGGCGUGGGCAGUGCGUCUGUCCUCCCCUGCUCUUACCCUCCACCUUUAGAGGCGAUGUCAGGCUGGUCUCAGCCCCUGAUGGGUGGUCACGUGAUACAGCAGCCGUCUGGCUUCUCCCAGCACCAAGCCAUGGAGAGGGACGACACCGGCAUCGUGAACCCCUCCAACACCUUCCAUCAACCCAUGCCCACCAACUUCAUGGACUUCCCAAAGGGUUUGCCAAUGUCAAUGUAUGGCGGGACGAUCAUUCCUCCCCACCCUCCUAUGGGAGAGGCCCCUGGGGGCCCCAUGUACAACGGGCUCCAUAGCGCUGACCCUGCCUGGAAUCCCAUCAUGAAUGUGGUCUCCAACUCUGCAGAGACUGCAGAGACCCAGCAGGUCUGGCCUGGGACUUGGGCCCCGCACGUUGGGAAUGUGCACCUGAAUCACGUCAACUGAACACAUCUAGCGAUUUGAAGCGUAGGACCAUUUAAUAACAAGACUCAUAAAUGUUUAAGAGAACCAGAUAAUUACAUAAUAUACAAAAAUAUUAACCUAGGGAGUGUCCAGAAACUGAGAAAUUGGAUGUUCGUACACCGUUUUGAUGUGCCUAACUAAAAAGAUGACUCCAGUGUGGGCUGCAACUUGUUUAUCACUGUCUAUGAACAAACCGAUUGCCUGUUAAACAGGAUCCAUUCUUUGCUUAGUAUAGCCAUUAUUUUGACUUUAAAAGCCCCCACAUUAAUUGUUCUUGGUCUGCAGGGCUCUACAGGACUGUACGCUUAUUUAUACUCAGUCCAAGAACUAGGUGAUAACAUAAAGCGAGAACUCAGACCUUUUAGUGGUAAAUACAUGUAUAAUUGUUUACAUACUAAAACAAAAAGGGUUAAAACCAGAGUACAUGUCGUAUAGUGACUCUACUGUAUUAAUGUGUAAUAUUUACCUUAAUAGUCAAUAAAAAAUUACAAAACUGUA